AUGGACGACCUUCCCAACGAAUUGCUCAUCCACAUUGUUGACCAGUUGAGAGGCCCUACAACCUGGUCAGAACCAGCCGACUACAGCCGCACGCACGCUCUUGCGGCUCUUUGUUGCGUUUCCAAGAAGUUGUACCAUAUUGCCAGACCGUUGCUCUACGAAUCGAUAGACCUGCCCCCGACUGACGGUUUUCUGCCCCAGUCUCAAAGACUUUUUGCUCGUCUCCAAGAGCAGCCAAGCCUUCGCUUCGAGAUCAAAGCCCUUCGACAGAAGACGCGUGCUAGGCUGAGACAGGACGGCGACGGCACUAUGCGCGUCCGCGAUGAGUACAGGACAGACAUCACAAGAGACGUGAGAGCCUUUGGGCUAGGCACGGAAGACGCCUCAGCACUCGUGGGCCGUUGGCUAGGGUACGAAGACCUAUACUUCGCUCUAUUGGCAUUUCGGACACCGAACUUGGAGCAUUUAUGGGCACGGUCGGCCGUUUCAUACGACUGGCCCUUAGACGAAUGUAAAAAUACCCUUCUCGAAGGCAUAGGUCGUAUGGCUAUGGGCGUAAGUUGGCUUCACACUCACCGUUUUGACAAUCUCAAGAUCUUGUAUUUCGAUUUCUCUAAUUCACCGGAAAUGUCCGCUCGGUGCGCGCUCCCGUUGUUACUUCUUCCCAGCUUGGAUGAGCUUACUCUUGUCGCGUUGGGCGGCUGGUUCCAAAUCCCCGAGAACGAAUUUGAAGGCGAAUGGGAAGGCGAAUCCGAACACGAAGCCGCCGACGACGACUUGACCAUUUUCGGCCGCCCUUGGUUGUGGCCAGUACGUUCAUCGCCUAUCACCAAGCUCUCGCUAUUCAAACCAGUGUUCUCCGAGAUUGCGGUCAAGAAAAUGAUACUUGCGUGCAAAGCUCUGGAGCGAUUUGAAUGCUCUCACCCACUGCGUUCCAGCACGAAAGAUCAGUGGUUUGGGGCUCUCGUUCCUGCGCUGAAUGAUCACAUCGAGAGUCUUCAGAAUUUAUCGUUACUGUGUAGGCCACCUCGUUGGCCCUCAUUAGAGAACACUCGCAUGGCGCAGCUCGAUCCUCUCCAUGAAUUCACCAACUUAAACUCGGUCAGAGUCUCUUUGAAUCUGGUUUCUGAUCCGGGGGAAACUCUGAGUGCUAGAAACCUGCCUGCUUUCUUACCGCCAAGCAUCACAUCACUGCACGUCCACUAUCCCCGUGAGCCAAACGACGAAGCCGAUCAACAACUUCUCGAUGUUCUCACCGCGUACAAGGACGGUGUCUUACCGUCACUGAAAGAUGUUUACAUCACAUGGGUAUACUAUCAACGCAGAAAGGAAGAAUUCGAUCUGCUAGAACGACUUCAGUCGCUGGUACAGAUCAAAGAGCAAUACGAGACGUCAUCCAUUACGUUUGACAUUAUGUUGACAAUCAGAGACGACAAGGGUAAGUGGCCAUUGGUCAGGGGAUAG